UACAGGCUUUUGGGUUUUCAGUUCUGAGGUUUAUAGCCUUAGGACCGAUAUCUACCUCUUUGUUAUGUCUCCUCUCAACAAACUUCGACCUGUUCUCCGAAGAAUCUUGGCGGGAUACUGCAUGAAAUCUUCAUGGGAAAUCUGCUGCUACUUAUUCGGAUAUAUAAGAUUGUGCCAGAAGUAGUUUCUCAGUGAAGUUUUGGUUGAAACCAAAUCAUAUUAUUAUUUUUUCUUUUCUUUUCUGGUUUUGGUUCAGAUUGUCAUGGUCGGUGCGGUGGGACAGAAUGAGAUGGUGACACAGUUGGUGCAUUUAAGCUUUAAGUUUAUGGUUAUAAAGGGUUGAGUUUGGUUUCUUUAAUGCUAAAAGUUUUCAAGGAUCGAGGGAAGUUUUAGACUUUCAAGAAGCUUUGAUUAUUUAUGUUAAUCAAGUUUAGAGCAUAUCUUGUGUUACGGUUACCAUGUGCUUAGAAUAGUCAUUGUUUCCCAGUUUUGUACUAAAAGACAUUUCAGACCACCAAUUUGAGUGGCAAGUUCAUACCAUUGUGUUAAAGUCAACUUUUUGGCACUGAAGCAUUCAGUGAAUUCAAAGUUGUAGAAACAUUGAAGAGCAAAAAAAAAAAAAUCUGUUCGAAUUAGUGGGUGAGUUUGAGUUGGAGGGGAAGAGUUACCAUGUGCAAAGUGACUGGCUAUGAUGGGAAGCGUAGUUAUAGGGAUGAGUGCGAGAUGGGAUUCAAGUUUUGGAGUGAGGUGAGGGUCGGAAAGUCGAAGAGUUUGAUGGUAUUGAGGCCUCGAAUGAAGCUGUUUGUAAUUCGGGUGAUAACAAUUAUGUUGAUUUGUGCUUGUGUUGCUCAGCUAAUGACCUUGGGAGAGCUGUGGAGGCCAAGAGUGUUAAAGGGUUGGCCUUCUUGUUUCAGCCCUUCAGAAUUGCCUCUGCACGCUGAAUUGCCUGCUGCUCCGAUCAAAGUUGCUUCCCCACCAAAAAGGAUUUAUAAGAACAAUGGUUAUCUUCGGGUUUCCUGCAAUGGAGGCCUAAACCAAAUGCGAGCAGCAAUAUGCGACAUGGUUACCAUUGCCAGAUACUUAAAUGUCACACUUAUUGUUCCAGAGCUGGAUAAAACCUCCUUCUGGCAUGACCCGAGUGACUUCCAUGACAUAUUUGAUGUGAAUCAUUUUAUUAAAUCAUUGAGAGAUGAGGUUCGGAUAGUGAAGGAGUUACCACCAAGGCUCAAUAGAAGAUUUGAAAAGCGAAAGUUAUAUUCAUUGCCACCCAUUAGUUGGUCUAACAUGUCCUACUACCUUGAUCAGAUUCUUCCUCUGGUGAAAAAGCACAAAGUUCUGCAUUUAAAUAGAACUGAUGCUCGACUGGCUAAUAAUGGUCUGCCUCUUGAGAUUCAGAAGUUACGCUGCCGAGUAAAUUUCAAUGCAUUGAAGUUUACUUCCCAGAUAGAGAAGUUGGGUAAAAGAAUUGUCAGGAUAUUGAGGCAGAAGGGCCCCUUCCUGGUCCUUCAUCUCAGAUAUGAAAUGGAUAUGUUGGCUUUCUCUGGCUGCACUCAUAGUUGCAACAGUUAUGAGGUGGAAGAACUCACAAAAAUGAGAUAUGCAUACACCUGGUGGAGGGAAAAAGUUAUAAACUCCACGUUUAAAAGGCAAGAAGGUUUGUGCCCUUUGACACCUGAGGAAACUGCAUUAGUAUUGAGUGCACUCGGGAUUGAUCGUAACGUUCAAAUUUAUAUUGCUGCUGGAGAUAUAUAUGGUGGUGAAAGAAGGAUGGCACGUUUGGUGGAAACUUUCCCUAACUUGGUCACAAAAGAUACUCUGCUGGAUUCCUCAGAGCUGAGUUAUUUCAAGAAUCACUCAUCCCAAAUGGCAGCAUUGGAUUAUCUUGUUUCCCUGGAGAGUGAUUUAUUUGUUCCUACGUAUGAUGGAAACAUGGCUAAAGUAGUUGCAGGCCAUCGCAGGUUUUUAGGAUUCAAAAAGACUCUUUUAUUGGACAGAAAGCUUCUAGUUGGUUUAAUAGAUCAAUACAACGAUGGGUCAUUAAGCUGGGACGACUUCUCUUCUGUUGUGAAACAAAUUCAUGCCAAUAGGAUGGGAAGCCCAAAGAAACGAGUGAUAAUUCCUGCCAAACCUAAGGAAGAAGAUUAUUUCUAUGCCAACCCAUACGAGUGUUUGCAACUGCAAGAUGAACCAUUGAGGAACACAUGAUUAUUUUCAUGUUUGCCUCCCAUUCUUGUGUACUCAUCACAGAUGAUUAUCUACAAUCUUUUUACAGUGGUUUAAAUACAGAGAAGAGAUUCUUUUUUACACGUGGAAUUCAAGUUUGGAGUGAGCUUUGGACGUGUUCCUAGGGAUAUUAUUUUCACAAUUUUGAAUAAUCAAAUUUAUGUCAAAGAGUGAAAAACCUGCCAUUUUUGGGGCUGAUUAUUAAAUCAGCAUGAUUGUAAAGAGAAGCAGAGACUUGUCUACAACAACCACUCCCCCACCUAUCUCAUAUUCUUGUACAUUUAUGAGGUAUCAGUUUUUAAUAAAAGACUCAGCUUCUGCACA